AUCUGCCUGCAGACCACAGCAAAAGAAAUCUUUAGACAACGUCCUUCACAUUUUCACACAGACAGAUGAGAGGAGCAGCUAUGAGAUUAAAUACAGCAGUGAGAGGAUUUGUUGUCGUCGUUCUCUCUGGGUCAGUGGUACAGAGUCAGGAUGGCUGGGGAGUGACUUACACUUCUACUCAGAUCUGUGCUGUAAAAGGAUCAACAGUGGAAAUAAAAUACAGCUACACAUACCCAUCCAGGACACAAUAUCAAAUUACUAAAGUUCAAAUGAAACUGUGGUUUACUAAAGGAUUCGAUCAUCAACCUGUGGAUCUGAAAUCAGACUCAGACUACACAGGACGAGUGGAGUAUCGUUCUAAUCAGAAGGACUGCACUCUGAGAAUCACAGAGCUGAGAGAGAGCGACUCAGCUGUGUACAAGUUCAGAUUCAUAACAAACCAACAAAGAGGGAGCUAUACUGGUUCACCUGGAGUCACUUUGACUGUCACAGAUCUCCAGGUGCAGGUGAUCACAUCACAGCACGGACAGGAUGGUACCCAGGUACAGCUGAAAUGUCACAGCAGCUGUCUGCCUGAUCAUCCUUCCUAUGUGUGGAUGAAGAAUGGGCAGGUCACUCUGAGAGAAACAUCUUCUACUCUUCGGUAUUUGUUAUUUCCUGAAGACAACAUUUCCUGUGCUCUAAAAGGACACGAGGAGUUUCCCUCUCCAUCAGUGUAUGCUCCAAAGCCUCCCUCUGUGUCAGUGAGUCCGUCUGGUGAAAUCACAGAGGCCACUUCAGUGACUCUGACCUGUAGCAGCGAUGCUAACCCAGCAGCUAGUUACACCUGGUACAAAGAGGAUGAAGACUCACUUAAAACAUCAGGACACAACUUCACCAUCAGCAACAUCAGGCCUGAGCACAGUGGGAGUUAUUACUGUGUGGCCCACAACAACAGAGGGACUCAUAACUCCACCUUACAGCUGACUGUUGCAGCAGGAGCAGGAACAUUAGAAGCUGCUGGAGUAACUGCUGCUGUUCUCCUGCCUGUCAUAUUCUUCUCUGUCUUCCUGUGGAUUCAAAAAAAAGAGGAUGUCCAAGGAACCUGUUAAAUCUGAAGACAGAGCCAACAACAGAGAACAGUGU